GUUUUUUUGGCAAGAUGGCUGUCGUUAACCCUUUUGACGUCUUUGGGGAUCAAGUUGUCGUGCUAGAUGGUGGACUGGCAACUGAGCUCGAGACAGUCUUUGGCAAAGAUCUCAGUGGACCUCUAUGGAGUGCGAGGAUUCUCCAAGAAGACCCGGAUGCUAUCAAAGAAGUUCACAUGCGCUAUUUUGAAGCCGGUGCUGGUGUGUAUUUGUAUUUUUGCAACGCUCUGACGGGAGCAACAUGGCACUUUUGAUCGACAAUCAGAUGUCGCAACCACAAGCAGCUAUCAAGCAUCCGAGGAGGGCCUUCGUAAACUUGGUCUAACACCAACCGAAUCAAUUUAUCUCAUGCAACGAUCCAUUCAACUUGCAGUGGAUGCUCGAAAAGAGUAUCUCGCCAGCCUUCCUCAUCCACGUAUCAAACCACUCAUCAUUGCCGCUUCGCUCGGCAGUUAUGGCGCGUAUUUGGCAGAUGGAAGCGAGUAUACAGGGUCAUAUCCUCCACAUGUAACGGUAGACGUGAUAUCAAGUUUCCAUAGCCAAAAGGCUAGAAUACUUGUCAAUCAACCGGGUAUUGACAUACUCGCUUUCGAGACGGUCCCUUGUCUCAUGGAAGCCCAAGCCAUAGCGCACGCAUGCAAGACUGAUCCACUUCUCUCUCAAACGCCUGCGUGGGUCACUUUUAGCUGUAGAGGGGAUAUGAAGGGUGAAGUCUGCCACGGAGAGAACCUCACGGAUUGUGUGGCGGCUCUAUUGGAUGUCCCGUCCAUUGUGGCGGUUGGCAUCAACUGCACAGAUCCAGUUGCUUGUGAAACACUUGUUAAAAUUGUUGCUCAUAUUGCAAAAGGGUUGACGAUCAUUUGUUACGCCAAUAGUGGCGAAGAAUGGGACGGAGAGAAGAAACGGUGGAUUAAACGGGGGGAGAGAGGUGAUCCUGGAUGGUAUGCAGACCUAGCAGUCAAAUGGGCGGAGGCGGGCGCAAGGGUUAUUGGAGGAUGCUGCAGAACAGGGCCCCAGCAUAUUCGCGAAUUGGCAAACCGGCUAAGAUCUAGAGCAGAACGCGUACCAUAAACAGAGGACGCCCAUUCUCUUGACAUGCAUUGCAGAGCGUCAAGUAUAAAAACUUUCGAGUAGGUUAUAUUUGGAUAGUAUCAAAUGAGGUAUCAUCCCUCUAGAUAACAAACCAUACAAACUAAAACACAUAUCAAGGCA